AAGUUAAAAAGUGAAAAUAGCAUUUUCCGAUUGGCAAAGCUUAUACAGGGUGGUGGGGAAUCCGUUGUUCCCGAAUAAAUUUUUGGCUCAUCGGCAUUCAAUUGUUCGGCAGUGGACUAAGUGGUGCAAUUACAAAAGGUUCUUCUUUUACUAAUAUAUCAUGGAUGACGAGCCAGAUUGGUUUGGAGGAGCUGAGGAGGAACCCGCACCGGCUCCAGCACCUCUGAAAGGAAAAAAAAAGAAAAGCGAUAAAAAGGAUGAUGCUGGAAAAAAAGAAGAAGAAGCACCACCAGCCGCGACGCCUGAAGCGGCACCCGCUGAAGGAGCUCCUGCUGAGGAGGCAGCUGAAGCUGCCGAUGAAUAUUUGGAUCCUGACAAGUUGCUAUUAUUUAAACACUGGAUAAGGCCUAAAUUCUUGCCCUACAAAUACCUCACCGACUACAGACACAACUACUAUGAUGACGUCAUAGAUUUCCUGGAUAAAAGGAACAAGGGUAUCUCCAGAGAUAUUCCAGUGGCGCAGACGUGGGCAGAGAGGGCGCUACGGACGUACACGAAAAACUCAAACCGAGAUGAAAUAUCGAGGAUCAUACGCCAAGACAAACAGCUGGUGGAGGAAACGAAGUUCAGCGGAAAGUUCCAGUUGCACCAUGGAAAGACUUACAUCAACAGGAAGUUCUAUAGUUUAAUUUAUUAAAUAUUUUUAUUUUGGGGUUAUUUAAAUGUUUUUGAGGGGUUUUCGAAGGUUUAGGGUUUAGCUGAGGUAAAAGUUGUAUUGAGUUAAUUAAAAAAAGACGUUGUUAACGAUAAAAGACAUAUUGAGUGAUGUUUGUUGAGUUUUGAGUUGAAAAUGUUCUUAAUAAAACUUAUAUUAAGUUA